GGCUCCUACUGCCCUGGGCUGGACAGAUACAGGGCAGAGGGUCGUCUCUGCCUCUGGACCUUUGGGAAAUGCUCAUCACCUCUCUGAACAGCACGCAUCUGUGGUCUGCAAAGAGAAUCCAGAGCUCGAAGAUGAAACAUCCGCUUUCCCACUUCCCUCAAAUCCUGGUCAUCUACUGCUUCUGUAUGCUACAGAUUCCCUCCUCAGGAGCUUCUCCACCUUUAGCUGAUCCUCCCGACGGCUUGGAUAUUGUGGAUCCUGAGCAACUGGCACAUUUUCUGAAGCAGAGGGAAACACGUUCUAACCAACCUAAGGAAAACCAGGAUGUAUACAAAAGGUUUUUAUUUCACUACUCCAGAACUCAGAAGCCAAUGCAUCCAGUUAACUCUGAGUUUGCUCCUGUCCAUCCAUUGAUGCGCCUGGCCGCCAAACUCGCCAGCAGAAGGAUGAAAAGACUACCGCGAUUGCUGCGCCCCGAUUCCAGGAUGACUACUGUGGACUUCCACAAGAAGGAUCCUACAACCAGCUUGGGGCGGCCAUUUUUCCUUUUCAGGCCUAGGAAUGGAAGAUACACUGACAACAAAUUCCAGUAGACAGCAAGAAUCCCAUGUCACAAGACAGCGUGCGUCUUUGGAGGAAAUGCCAAGUUACUUUAUAUAUAUAUUUAACCAUAUUUCUGUUUUCUCAUGCUCUCCAAAGUACUUAGUUGUAUAAAAAAAUAAAGCAGUGUUAAUGUAAUAAUCUUUAUUUUUGUUGGAAGACUGUGGGAAUGGUAUAUUCCAUGAACAGGUUUCUAAGAAUUUACUAAUUUGGGCAUGGAACAAUCUUGUUGAUGACUGAACACAUAGGUUAAGGAUAAGCUAAGAUCCUGAUAGCAGACCCUAACUCUGUUUGCUUUCUAGUUGGGUGGAUGUGACAUAUCAAUUUCUAUGUCUGUAGUAAAUACCUCGUAUAUAUUAAUUAAAAGCAUGGAAGAUU